CACACAUACACGCACUUCCACACAUGCUCUGUGAUGCAGCCAAACACACGGAGCGAUGCAGGGGGACACUACGACGGCGUGUCGGAGCCGGCCAAACAAGUGACGUCCUACUACCGCAUCCACGCCGCAGUCAUCUCCCGGCAAAGGAAUAUCGCGCAGGGCUUCCUCCACGCCAGACAGACGCCGAGCUGCGUUGCCAAGGUGCAGAGAUGAGCGUGUGUGGAGGACAAAGGCGGCAGAAUUAAACGCAGACGGGGGGAAGAUGCACGAGCUCAGACGUUGAAGCAGCUACCAUGACGAUGAAAGGCUUGCCGAGCAGCCACGGUCACCAUCACGCCGUCGCCUGCGACCCUUCCUACGACUCCAUGACGCUCGGUCAUUCGGAUCGUCAGCCCUGCUUCCUGAACACAGGCGAUGGUCACCCCGGCCAGCGCCCGUGCUAUACCCAGCGCAGCUCCUUCCAGUCGGAAUGCAGUGCCUACCCGGAUCUGGCCAGCUGCACCUUCCCUCGCAGACAUUACAGCUCCCAUCAUGAGCUGAAGGAGGAGUGCGGGGCGCUGGUGCCUUAUACGGGGCCGACAGGAAACAGUAAAGGAAGCGGCGGUAAAAAUAACAACAACCGGGUACCUUGUAACCUGCUGGAACAGUUCGAUCACCAGGCUCCGGUGCGGCGAGAAGGCUACCAUACGCUGCAGUACAAGCGCACAGCAGUGGAACACCAACGAAGUGACAGCCCAGGGCGUAUCCGUCAUCUGGUUCACUCUGUCCAAAAGCUUUUCACCAAGUCCCAUUCAUUGGAGGGGCCCUCUGGAUCCGGCACAACCGGGAGAAUGAACGGCAGUAAAUCCAGCCCGGAUGACCCGCCGUCUUCAUCGGGAACUCUGAAACACAACAAACGUAGCAAGAACAAAGACCGAUCCAAGUCAGAACCUAAAAUGCGUAGCGCCAUCUCCGGGUACUGGAGCUCAGAUGACACACUGGACCGGGAGAUGUGCUUGUACCACCACCACGGCGGAGGACAACCAUCAGGCGUCAUGACCAUGGGGAGGCACCCGGAGAAAUCGCAGUCGCAGUACUUCAUGGAGUCCUACAACACCAUCAGCGCCCACUCCCUGAAGACGUCUCGUAGCAACAAUGACGUGAAGUGCUCAUCGUGCUCCGGCGGCAGCGGCACGGGGCUCCCACUGGUCCCGCUGGUUGGUCCGCUGGACGGCCAGGUGCAGCUAAAGAAGAGUUCGUGGUCUUCGACUUUGACGGUGAGCCGAGCAAGGGAGGUUUACCAGAAGGCUUCUGUCAACCUAGAUAAAGCACUAGUGAAAGCUGAGCAGGGACGCACCUGCCACUUCCUGCAGGUGCCUCAGGAUGACUGGGGUGCGUUCUCCCCGUUGGGGAAGGAUGACGAAAUCCCUUGCCGGAGGAUGCGAAGUGGCAGCUACAUCAAAGCCAUGGCCGAGGACGACAGCGGCGAUUCGGACUGCAGCCCUAAACCUUCGCCCAAAGUACAAGCGCGGCGGGCCAGUUACCUUAAGGCCACACAACCGUCACUAACAGAGAUGACCACACUCAAGAUUUCCACAGAGCACUCGCCCAAGCUGCAGAUCAGGAGUCACAGCUAUCUGCGGGCGGUGAGCGAGGUUUCUAUCAAUAGGAGCCUGGACAGCUUGGACCCGGCGGGGCUGCUGGCCUCGCCUAAGUUCCGCUCCCGAAACGAGAGCUACAUGAGAGCCAUGAGCACUAUCAGCCAGGUGAGCGAGGUGGAGGUGAACGGGCAAAUCGAGGCGGUGUGCGAGUCUGUGUUCAGCGAGAUGGAGUCGCAGGCGGUGGACGCGCUGGAUCUGCCCGUCCCCGGCUGCUUCCGCAUGCGCAGCCACAGUUAUGUGCGAGCCAUCGAGAAGGGAUGCUCUCAGGAAGAGGAGGAGGAAGCGGCCGGGCGAGGGGGAGGCGUGGCCAAUCGGAAGGCGGGGUCGCCCCCGCGCACUACCACCACUGUCAGAACCAUCCAAAGCAGCACAGUGUCGUCAUGCAUCACCACCUACAAAAAGACCCCUCCGCCCGUCCCCCCGAGGACCACCCCGUCCAAACCCUUCAUAUCCAUCACGGCGCAGAGCAGCACCGAGUCGGCCCAGGACGCCUACAUGGACGGCGGCUCGGGCCCACGCAAGGGCAUCGGCUCGCAGCCGGGCUUGUCCAACUCCACCGAGAGCAUCGACAGCAUGAAGGCCCUGACGGCCGCCAUCGAAGCGGCCAACGCUCAGGUGCACGGCCCGGCCAGCCAGCACGUCGCCAACAGCGCCGUCGCGUCCACCGCCGUCGCCCAAGUCUCCACUGACAGCAAGGCGCAAAGGGAAGCUCUUCGAAAGUGCCUCUCCAUUGGGAUUCAGGUGGAGCCAGAGGAGGAGGGGCCCUCAGAAGAGCAGUCCAAGUUCCACUCUAUAGGAAUUCAGGUGGAAGAUGAGCGCUGUCAGCGCCGCAUGACCCGCUCCAACAGCGUGACCACCGCCGUCCAAGCCGACCUGGACGACCCCACAGACGGGCCGCGACUUCCCCCAGCGCGUAACUGCGCCACCAUGCCACGCCAGCACUCCCGUGACUCCACCGGCGGCACCUCCACGGUUCGCAUCCAAGGCUCGGGCAACCACUACCACGCCUGCGCCGGGGACGACUACGGCGAGGCGGGGUUCGACCCGUCCAUCCUUCCACCUCCUGACCCGUGGAUGGACGGCGCGGGUGACCCAGAUUUGACGGCGGAUGGCACGCUGGAGGCCGUCAGCCGCUCAGUGUGCCCGAGAGACGGACGCUGGUUCCUCAAACUGCUACAGGCGGAGACGGAGCGCAUGCAAGGAUGGUGUCGUCAGAUGGAGCAGGACCAGACGGACAACCAGCUGUCCGAUGAUAUCCUGGGCAAGAUCCGCAGUGCAGUGGGGAGCGCCCAGCUGCUCAUGUCCCAGAAGUUCCAGCAAUUCCGGGAGCUGUGUGAGGAGAAUUUGAACCCUGACGCAAACCCGCGGCCCGUCUCUCAGGACCUGGCGGGCUUCUGGGACAUGCUACAGCUGUCCAUCGAAAAUAUCAGCCUCAAGUUUGACGAGUUGCACCAACUCAAAGCUAACAACUGGAAGCCUCUGACACCCCCGGAGAUCCAGGAGAGACGCGUGCCCCCACCCGUGCCAAAGAGGUCCCAGAAGGGCCACGCCCCGCUGGCGAGGGACCGCUCACUGGAGAGCUCUGAGCGGCAGCGUCUGGAGGCCCGCAAGCGGCUGCUCGCCGCCAAACGCGCCGCCUCGGUGCGCCAGAGCUCCGCCACGGAGAGCGCUGACAGUAUCGAGAUUUACAUCCCCGAGGCGCAGACGCGACUAUGAAACGCGCAAGGGCGACCGGAUGGUGAGGGUGCUAACAGACUUUAUCAGUGUCGCCAUGGAAGUACAUUUCAAAAUAGUAGAUUUCAAUUUACUAAUUUAUUUAGUACGCCUCUCCCCCCAUUUUCAGCUUUGAUGUAGCACACACACUUCCCCUCUUCUCUAUACAUGCAUAAGUUACUGAGUCCAUAAAAUCUCAUCAUAUAGGAUUUUUUUAAAAAUUAGGACCAGAUGACAGUGGUGUCUUGAGAUACAAGUUUAAAACAUCACUGGCAGCCAAGGAGAGAAUUGCUUGUAACUCAAAGCACUCUGAUCAUCUUAUAUUAAAAUGUAUACAUGUACAAAUAAAAAUCCCAUGUCAUGUCAUGGGUUCUCCUUCCCCAAAGUUUUUUUUUUUAGCUUUCUAAUGAGGUGUAACAUUGUAGCGUAAUGACGGACUUUAAAAUGAAAGUGCCCUCAGUCAGGUUAAGGGCCACAAUUGCACAUUUGUUGGACAAAAUGAGUCUCUCGUAGUGAUUGAGAGCUUACAUUUUGACUGUGCAGGUGUGCAGCUUUUCAGAAAGUUUUUUUCUUUUUUUCUUUUUUUUUUCAAGCAACAAAGGCCAUCUUGUCUAUGAUGAGUAAGCGUGUGAGUAUGCGCAGCAGUUAGAGACACCAUUAAGGAUUCUUAAACAUUACUGAAGAUGUUUAGACUGAAAUUCUAUUACAAAAAGUAUUGCAAAACAUUUUUCAGCAGUGUGUGAGAGGUUAUCCUGUAUGUGUUGUGUAUGCGUUUGCUGACAAAUUCGUUCAUAGGUCAGCAGUCGCCGAUAAAAUUUUAGGUACACCUGCACAAAUUCAAGCAUUCUGCCUUUCCAAAAGGUUAGGGUUUAAUUGUAAUACAUUUUAAGGCUAUGUCUACACUAGGACGGGUAAUGGCCUUAAACUUGUAAUUACCGUAUUGGCCCGAAUAUAAGACAGUGUUUUUUGCAUUGAAAUAAGACUGAAAAAGUGGGGGUCGUCUUAUAUUCGCGGUCUAGACGUUAUACCCAUUCACGAAGCUAGAUGGCAGCAGAUAUCAUUGAAGCGAUGUUUGGUUAUGACAGAUCUCAGCUACUCUCAAGUUUAACCAGUUUGCAUUAUUUUAUUGCAGUGUUUUUCCUUAUUCAGAUUUGUUUCAAGUUACAGUUAGACUUCACUUUGAUGGUUAAUGCAGUUAUUGCAAUUUUAUUGUUUUAUCACAAUAGAUUGGUUUAUUGACAUUUCAAAAACCAGAAACAAUUCAUUUACGAAUGUAAUUGCACUUUACAUAUUUAAAUGUUCAGAUAUUAAGAUUUGAAUGAGGCAAAAUAACAUGCUUUUUCUCUCAAAUAUAUUUUUAUAAUUAUUUGUUUAUUUUCUGUAAUUUGGUGUUCAAAAAGUCUUUUUUUCAAACUUGAGUCUUGAAAAAGAGGGGGUUGUCUUAUAACCAGGGCUGUCUUAUAUUCGGGCCAAUACGGUAGUUAGACUAUAUGACAUGUCAGCUAAUGUCACUAAUUUACCUCAUUUCUGGAGAUUUUAUUACAAGGGAUAGGGGGCCGUGUAAUUUCAUCAACUAUGGACCUGCCGCCUAAUAUAGCUGGGGUAUCCAUAUAAUAAUCGUAUACUGUAAUUUUUGGACUAUAAACCUUUACUUUUCCCCCUCAUUUCUAAUCCUGCGAUUUACAGUCGAGUGCUGCUUAUUUGUUGAUUUAUUUGGGUUAAUAGGUAACACUCUCUUUGACAGUUUUAAGACUGCCAUAAGACCGUCAUAAUUAUGACAUGACACUAUCACUGGCAUUAAUGGCAUUAUGAAUCAUGCCAUUAACAUUUAUCUCCAGCUCGGAUCUUUACAUCCAUUCAAAAGUGAGAUAAUUUGCCGGAUGACUCAAAAGGACAUCUGUCAUAAGCAUUCAUUAACGCUCAUGGCAGUGUCAUGUCAUAAUUAUGAUUAUCUUAUGACAGUCUUAUGGCACCACUGUCAAAUAACGUGUUACCAAAUACCAUAACUAGAAAUUAUUGAAACAACCGGAACAGUAACUGAAGAAAUUAGCACAGAACAUGAAUUUUGAUUGUUAUUUAAAUCUGUAACUCCGCAAUGCAUGUCAGGAGGCAUGUUGUACGACAACAGUGUUGACCGCAGGUGGCAGAAGUAGUUGUCUCCCCUCAGGGAGCAUUGACGGCCAAAUGAAGCUUUUUGAAGCAAUGAAGCUUUAUAGCCAAUUGGUUCAAAACUUCACGGUGGUUCGUUUGAUCUUAUGACAGCCUUAUGUCACUGCUGUCAAAUAUAGUGUUACCGGUUAAUAUUUUUUGGUGUGAAUAUCUCAUAAAACAGUGAGGACAGCUGCGGCUUAUAGUCCAGUGCUGUUUAUCUAUGAACAAAUGCCGUUUUCGUGUCGAAUUUGGUGGGUGGCGGCUUAUAGUCAGGAGCGCUUUAAUAUUCCGAAAAUUACAGUACAAAGGAAGUGACUUCAUGGAACAAGCAACUGCCAAUUUUUGUUUUACGCCAUUGUAAACAAUGGAGGCUGAUGGUACAGACGCAGCUUCCCUGCUUCUCUUUUUACAACUGAAAGAGCUAGUAAAUAUUACACUUGAAUAUGUCCGGAGAAGACCUUGAACAACUGCGAGAAAUUAUAAACUUCUGGUUCAGAGGUGACCCUGCUGUCAUUUUAAUCUGAGCGGGACAUGUGCGUUAAUUGCGUCAAAUAUUUUAACGUGAUUAAUUUAAAAAAUUAAUUACCGCCCGUUAAAGCAAUAAUUUUCACAGCCCUACAAAAUAUUUUUUUUUUCAAACAUUUAUUCAUUUUCAUAUUUUUAAUACAUCCCAAGAGGAAAAAUUGUCUUGUAUCACAUUGAUUUACUUUUUUCAAAAUUAAACAUUUGUAAUGCAGAAUCUGAUACAUGUGUUUGUAUUGUGUGGGUGUACCUAAUAAGUGACAUCAAAUCAAGUUUCUCUCAUAGAUGAGUUCCUUUAAAACCUUGAGUCAGUUUCAUUGAUCUGCUUGUAUAUUUUUUGAUAUCAUUUAGUGAUAUGUAUAUGGACAGUAUUAAACAACCUGACCGGGAUUUUUUUUUUUUCUUCCGCACUGUGCUCACCUCUAUUGACGUUCAUUUAAAAUAAUGAUAUUUUUUUAAUGUAUUUGUUUUUAUAUUUCGUUCUCCUUCUCACUGUGUGAUCGUUUUUCUAAUAUUUUUUUGUAUUUUGUAAACAUUUAUUUAUUUAGUAGCUGAUUGUUUACCGGCAAACUGACUUCAAGGCUCUCUACUGUGUUUUCCUCCAUUUAUUUCCCCCUUUGCGCCUUAAUUUCGACAGUCAAGCUCAAUGGCGGUCUCAGGGGAAGAUGUGUGUUCGUUUUUGUGGUGUGUGACUAAACACGUCAUCUUUGGUGUCAAUCAAGUGGGAUUUGCCAUGACGUAGUAAGCUCGGAGGCUACGUUAGUUUAGAAGACGUGACCAAUUUGGACUGACCUGCUCAUGUUUUGUGCCAUUGGACUUAAAAGUGACGAAAUUUGCCUGCUGAUCACUUGCCCCUUUCUCAUUGCUUGUACUCUGUGACAAAGGGGCUCCUGACUAGCUGACGUUUACGGGAAAUUGUUAUUUUCGGAAAAGAGUUUAGACGCCGUUGUGAUUUUUAUUUUUUUAUGGAUUCAAUUGUGUAUGUCCAAAAAUCGACACUUUGUUCAUAAUCAUGAUAAUAACAUAUCAACUCCUGAUGUAGCAGGGAGUUAGUGAUGUAGUUCAAUUGUAUAUAAAUGAAUGUUUACCCCUAUGUAAAUGUAAAUGAAAUCAAGAUAACCCUAUGGAGCAGACAUUUUUUUGUAAUUAAUGUUGCUACGUGUUCAAUGGAUGUGAUGGCACGCGUGUGCGAGCAUUAAAACGAAACUGUGGCCAUUCUUCUGCUCUCUCCGCAUGUGUUUUCUAUCGCGCUGUAAUCGAGGGGGGAAAAGGCGGUGCCCCGUAAUUACGCGUUUGACUCUGCGUGGCCUCUGCUGCUGGCUUGUCGCAAUUUUAAAAGUUGCCAGAGCUCGUGGCUGAAAGAAACGGGAGCCUAUAAUGACAUUAGGGGAAAAAAAAAAAAAAAAAAAACAUAAAACAGUGAAUAUUAAUGACAUCUCACGAAUUCUCACACUGCACAUCGUUAAAACAGCUUGCGCUCACCUUACCCUGUCAUAUCCUAAUCUGUCCUGCCUUCCCUCUACCUCGCCUAUUUGUUAGCUAGCUAGGUGGCAUUUCUUGUAUAUUCAUUGUCCUGUAAAACAAGUCCCCUUAAAACCUCCUUUGUCCAACUGCAUUUUUUUCCUUCUAAGCAACCACAAAGGGAGUUUACCAAACUCCCUCUGGCACAUCAAAACUGUUCCAGUAUUAAGAUAUUCAAAUCUACCAUUCUGCAUGUCUGAGCUGUUGAAACGUUUAGGUCAAGGUUGUCCAAACCGGUCCUCAGGGGCCGCUGUGGGUCCUGGUUUUUGUUCCCACCAGUCGAGAACAGAGAAUUUAACUAAUGAAGUUUCUGCUAAAACAAGCAGCACCUGACUGCAAUCAACUGAUUACACUUGUAAAACACCAGAUUGGUGUCAUCUUGUUUUGUUGGAAUGAAAUCCAGCACCCAGUGUGGCCCUAUGUGGAAUUGUUUGGACACCCCUGGGUUAGGUCUUUCUUUUAUUUUUUUAAUUUUUUAUUUAUUUAUUUAUUUAUUUAUUUUAAUAAUCGCUCAUGAAUAUACCAUUUACAUUAAAUAUUGGCACUUUUUAUCAGAACCAUUUACCGUAAUUUUCGGACUUUAAACCGCUACUUUUUUCCUUCAUUUUGAAUCCUGCAGCUUAUAGUGCAGUGCUGCUUAUUUAUUGAUUUAUUUGGGUUAAUAGGUAACACUUUAGUUGACAGUGGCUUCAUAAGACUGUCAUAAGGCCGUCAUAAUUAUGACAUGACACUAUCAUGGGCAUUACUGAAUGCUUAUGACAGAUGUCAUUCAGUGUCAUUAAGCGAAUUAUAUCACUAACUCAAUUUAUGUCCAGCUCGGAUCUUUUACAUCCAUUCAAAAGUAAGAUAAUUUGCCGGAUAACGCUAAAUGACAUCUGUUAUAAGCAUUCAUUAAUACUCAUGAGAACGUCAAGUCAUAAUUGUGAUUGUCUAAUGACAGUCUUAUAGUGCCACAGUCAAAUAGUGUAACCAAAUACCAUAAAUGGCAAUUAAUGAAACUGGAACAGUAACUGAAUAAAUAAUUCAUAUUUAGAAAAUAUAAAAUAAUUUUGAUAUCUACAUCUGUAGUGCUGCAAUGCAUGUUAGGAGGCAUCUUGGACACGAACAGGUUUGACAGCAGGUGGCAGCAGAGGUCAACUGUCUCCCCCUAAGAAGCAGUGAUGGCCAAAGGAAGCUUUACAGCAAAUUUGGGGUUCAUUUGGUCUUAUGACAUUUGUAUGAUGCCGCUAUCAAAUAGUGUUACCGGGGUAAUAUUUUUGGGUUUAAAUAUCCCAUAAUACAGUGAGGACAGCUGCGUCUUAUAGUCCAGUGCGGCCUAUCUAUGAACAAAUGCCGUUUUUGUGUCAAAUUUGGUUGCGGCAUAUAAUCAAGUGUGCCUUUUAGUCUGAAAAUUACGGUAGAUUCUUUUGACUCUAAAUUGGGCCAUAGACUUCUGAAUGAUAUUGACGGGACAGCGGGUGCGGGGCCGAUUAAUAUGGGGGCUAUCUCCGUCAAAGCUAGCCGAGUGAAAACACAAAGAGCUUUUUACGUUGAAAAUUCUUGUUAAUAAAUGCUUAAAUCCAUGAAUUCUUUAUAGAUAUGGACGUAAAAGUCUCGAUUCUCUGUUGAAAGCAAAAAAAAAAAAAAAAAACGGCAGUUAGCAUUUUACGUAAAUAUGUCGAAUGUGCUGCUAGUCUGUAAGCCACUGCACAACAAAGAGCUUUUAUGUAGAAAUUUUUGGGAACAAAUGCUUAAAUCCCUGAAUUCUUUAUAGAUAUGAACGUAAAACAGUCUCGAUUCUUGGUUAAAAGCAAAAAACGGGCAGUUAGCAUUUAUUUUACGUAAAUACUGCGAAUUAUAACGCCACUGCCGUAGUGGUUAAUUUCUCCCAUUGAUUUUUUUUCAACGUUUCAAAAUGCAUGCAUGCAUGCAUGGUACAAAAAAUAUAAUUACCUUGAAUCCUCGAACAAAUCACUCCUGAGACAAUCGUUCCUGUUUGUAUGCUGUACAGCUUUCAUACUUUUUCAACCUAUAUCCGGCGUUGGAUGGCUGCAUGUGUUGAAUAACUGCGACCGACUGAAGCGGAGUGUAGGACAGCCCCCUACUUGAAGGUGUGUCGCAGUGUCUGGCGAAUGUGACCCGUUAAUAUCAUUAUGAAGUCUAUGAUUGGACGUCCUAAAUUUUUCAUAAAUGUAUAAGAAGACAUUACUAGUAUAUAAGAAUCUUAAUUAUUUCUUGGGGUGGGGGGUAUUUUUGUAUUGCAGUUUUUUUUUUUUUUGUUGUUUUUUAUAAUUGGUUGCCAAUCAUGCAAUUAUUCAACGUUCACACAUUCACUGCCUUGACAGUGUUGGACAUCUAAUCCAUUUGAACUGGGAUGGCUGGCAUUAUGUUUCACUGCCCAGUCAAAAUGGAUUGGACGUCUAGUGAUAUUUAAUAACAGCCAAUGAUAUAAAAAUCCCCAAAACACAAUUUAUAUUAAGUAUUUUUUUAUCCAAAUGUUUUUGAAAUCAAGUGAAUCCCUUAUAGGACUUCACAAGUUCAUGAAUGAAAGAGGACGUGUCUUUGCAAGCAGACAAAUCCUAUUGAGAAGCUUUGAAAUGGAACAGCUGUCAGGGCCAGACAGGAAGUGGCCUUACAUGACGACGGCAUUGCUUAAUACCCCGCUGGCACCAUUGGUGUUAAUUUAUGCAGGAUUAUGCUAAUUAGCCGACACGGCACAACCACGCCACGAUGUGUAGAAAAAACAGAACUUUAUUUGAAUCCCGCAUGACCUCUCGCUCGCCACAAACAUUGCACAGUAUGAAAAAGAAAUCACAUCAGAGGGUGUCAUGUCGUCACAUUAACUAUACACGUGGUCCUAUUGUACAUGAAUGUUUCUUCUGGGCUUUGUUAAUAGAAAAUAAAAACGACGUGAAGAAACGCGUAGUGUGUCAUCAUCCAGUCCACUGGCCCAACCUGCUACAUUUUUCAUCUGGAAUAUGUCCCUUAUGUGGGCAAUGAAGGAGUAAAAACAAGAAAAGAACAUUUUAAAACCGCUAAAUGACAAACUAUAAUGUAACAUUAACUACAGUAGUGAAUACGUUGAUGCCAAGAGCAAAAAAACAAAAAAGUUAAGACACUGAAAUCCAUCAGGACCUGAAAUGUGUUUGGAUGAAAGACGUAAGACAGGUAGCAUUUGUCCCAUAUUUUUGGUCCCCGGGGUGCAAAUAAGAUACAUGUCAAUACAAAUAUGAAAUGAAGAAACAUUUUAGAGCCAAGGCACCGUGAUACUGUUGUUUUUCAAUAACAAAACAAAAACAAUUUGAUUGGUUUAGAAAAGAUAGAAAUGAUGAUGGGGUUGUUUUCAGUUUGUGAAUUUUUAGGAGACUAACUGUUUAGCCUGCAGCUCCAUCUCGGCGGCCCUCUUCAGGGCGACGUCCACCAGAAGCUGGAAGCCACUGAAGUCCUGUGU